UGAAAAUGACCAUCAAAAAACUUCACAUUGAAUAUGACGCUGUAAACAACAGAAACACUUUUACAAAUGGAGAUACCAUAAAUGGACGGAUAAUCUUGGAGGUCUCAAAAGAAACAAAAGUUCAGUCGCUUCUUUUUAUUGCUAAAGGAAAAGCAAGAGUUUGCUGGAGUGAGAAUUAUGGCGAGAACAAUACUCAUGUAUACUGGUCUGAUGAGAAAUACUACAGUGUAAAACAUCAUAUGAUAAGGGAAUCAAGACAAAAUGGCACUGAAGUCAUUAGCGGAGGAAAACAUGUUUUUCCUUUCACCUUCAAGAUACCUGACAGGAAAAUGCCAUCAUCUUUUCAGUCAUCUGUGGGCAGAAUAGUUCAUAAGUUGAAGGCAGAGCUCAAACAGUCAAUGAAGCUGAAAAAGAAAGCUAAGAUUCAUUUCAUGUUUGUGUCCAAAGCCGACAUGGACAUACCAGGACUCUUGGUUCCCCAACAUGAAAGCAAAGAUAAAAGUCUUGCGUUUGGUUCUGGAAAUGUUUCGAUGGAUGUCCAUGCAAAGAAAAUGGGAUAUGAACUUGGUGAGGCCAUGAAUAUCACUAUUCACAUCAAUAAUGCCUCGCGUCGUUCAGUAAAACCCAAACUUGAACUAUAUGAGAAGAGGAGCUUCUUUGCUCAGGGUCACCGGAAGGUUGAGACACGCACUAUUCUAAAGGAAAAGUCAGAUGUUAUUGAAGGACAAUCCGGCCAAAAAAUGGUAACGAAGAUUAUCACCAUCCCCAGAGAGCUCACCCCAUCUAUUCUGAACUGCUCCAUCCUGAAACUGGAAUACAGACUGAAGGUGUACCUUGAUAUCAAGUGUGCUGCAGACCCAAAGGUUAAAUUCCCCAUUGUUAUUCUCCCUGAAGAUAACAGCAGAGAGUCAGGCAAAGUACAACCACUUCCUCCUGCUGGGUUUGCACUUGAAGCAUUUGGAAACCCAAACCCACACACCUGGGGCACCACAUCACCAGCGAUGAGUCCUCCUCCUCCCUAUGAAGCAUCUGCCAAGUACCCCUCUUUUCCCUCAGAUUAUAAGACUCCCUUGUAAUGUCAGCGUAACAUAUUUGUCUUCUGUCAUGACCGCGAUACUGUUGUAUCUGGACUAUUUACUUUCCACUUUGUGAUUAGACACUCUUGUUAUGUACAGAAACUUAAAAAAAAUGUUUCUUUCAAAAUCAUAAGUUAAAUCAUAACACAGACUUAAUAAACCAUGACAGUUUUGAAUGACAGUGAAUGUAAUUUUAACAAAGCAGUGCAUGAUUGAAAUGAUUGUUUUUAUAACUACAGAGAAAAUAUUUCAGAAAUUUUGCUUCUGAAGCAAAACUUUGGUAAAAACUGAAAUUAGCUAAUAUCAGUAAAAGGGGAAACAUUAGACUUAAAAGUUAUAUUCAUGAACUAUGCACCUCUAAUCAGGUGACCCGAUAAAGGGCGGCCUGAUUGGUUGAGACACUGCAGAUGUUAACCCUUUCUGUGCUGGAGUACAUCUACUUUGACUACAAUGUGAUCAUGUUUACGGUAGAGAGUACAAAUAUUUCACAACAUAUUAUUGAAGAUAUGUCAAAGUAGCUCUCAAUGAUAUUAUGAAACAUAUUAAAGUCUUAUCUUUAGACUUCUACUUCUUCCAGCCUGUGAGAGUUGAUAGGUAUGUAUGCACUUUAAACAUCCCAGUUACAUCAUACAAUCUCGGAGAUGUUUCAAGGGAAGCAACUUCUAACACAAUACUGCCAUUUAAAAUGUCCCAUUUUCAGGCAACUUUUUUACAGCUUUUAUUAGAUACUAUUUUGCCAUUUGCUAUCAUCUCAUUUUCAGACAAUUGAAAGAGGCACAUAGAGCAUACAUAAAAAUAAAAAUGAGCUGAAAUAAGUAUGUCGUAGUAAGGAAUGUUAAUACAAUAUGCAUUUACAUGGUGCACAUGGACAGUGAGGUAGAGAUGAGUCGGUUGGUGACUUAUGUAGACACUGCCCCCUGCUGAUUGGAAAGAGUCACCUCCAUAUCUUUAGUCUGAUAUUUUGUGGAUUGGUGUGAAGUGUCUAUGUAUUUAAGGAUUAUUAUUGUAAUAUCUAUCAUUGUAUAAUUGUGUCAAUAAAGUUGUG